CUCUGUAGCUGCAACAAUUAUUGUGCUUUUCCCAACGGUUGAAUCUUCAGAAUGGACGAGUUUCCGAAUGCAGAGGAUGAAUAUGAAAUACGCCAUGCAGAUGAGUUGGAGAUGAUGCGAGAAUUUGAUAAUUUUGAUGAAGAUGCUGCAGCUGCAGAGGCAUCAACUAUUCCUCCUUCCAUCAAAAGAAGCCUUAAUUUUGCAAGUCCACCAUCAUUGGCUGUAAAAAAUACAACUGUAGAUGAAGGUAUUGCAGAAAUGACCCAAUUAGAUGAAAUUCAGAAUGAUGGCUGUAUAAACAGAAAGAGAUCUGCAGACAGGGCAUUUGAUGACAAUCUUGACCAAU